AUGUCAUCUGUUGAACGGCAAAGUGACGCAGAUAUCUCUGUCUUGUGCAACCUAACGUCAAAGACUGGAGAACAUUUUAUCUUUAAAUGUUCUGUCCUUAGUAUAGCGUUGGAGUCAAUUAUUAAUAGACUUGAUAAGGAGAGCCAAGGACGUUUAAUUACUGUAAUCGGUGAUUGCAGCGGAAAAGAUCCGGAGUUUCUUCUCAAGAUCGCAUUUUAUUGUCACAACGCCUGCUUAUAUGCAGAGUGUCGAGUUUUCCUUAGGAAGUAUUUUGACGCGUGCAUUAGUUCACCAGUGGAUUGGAUAAAAGUUGCCGAAUACUAUGCAUUAUUAACUGAUGAUUUUUGUCUUAAAAAAAUGCCCACUGCAUUAAAAAGAUGUAUGAUCUCAAAGUUUACUAAAUUUAGUCCGUACGACCUAGCACAAUGCAGGCGGAAAAUCAGAGCUGAAUGUGCAUCUGAGUGCGAGAUGGGUUCAAAAACUGCAGGUGAUAAAGCAGUGGAUUACCGUUGUGAAAAUUUGCUAUCAGUACAGGGAGACAAAUCUGUGGACAUUUUCACUUUGAAAGACGUCGUCCGCAAACUACAUAUACGAAAACCUGCAUUCAGCGUGAUGUGUAUUCUUGAAAAGAAGUAUCCCUCAAAUUUUGAUGAUUUUAUACGUAUGAAUUUGGAUGGUGACUGGGAUGCUUCAAAGGUUGGAUUACGUAUGAAACUUCCGAACCAUCCAAAAACAUCUCUUAAAAAUGUUGGCACUUGGAGGAAUCUUAUAGCCUGUGGAGAGCUUGGACAUGAAAUAAUUUUACAAAACAUAGAAAGUAUAUUAGACUCACAUCUUUCUGAAGCAGAACAUGAAAUUAUUCUGCAGAUUUUAUCAAAACAAGAAUCGGUCAUCGAAGGGAGACAAUUACCAACAACUUAUCUUAAGGCAUAUAUAUCUGUCGAAAAGUUAAAAGAUAAAUUUUCGGUGAAUAGUUACCUACAAGAGCUAAAAAAAUCCUAUCUUAAUAAAAGGUACAAUUUUCGCUGCAAAUGGUUAAUAAAAAUGAGGCUAAUGCGUAAACCAUCGUAUUUCAGCAUUAAGCCCUUGAAUUAUAGUCGACAGUUGUUAGACAAAUACUUGUUAGCAUUAAGUAAUGCUUUGAACGCUUCAGUACGUCAUAAUUUAGCUCCUAUAAACUAUCCACUUCUGAUUAUUUGUUCUCUGAGCUCAGGAUUUGCAAAUCGAAGAAGAUCCAGUCGAAUAGAAUCUAUUACGAAAUUGUUGAAUUUUGUACUUGGUGCCAUCUGUUACUCAUUAUGUGAACAGCCUACAGUUUAUGUAGUUGUGGAUAAAGAUUAUAAAGUCAUUCCUAUAGAUAUUAUAUUGUUAUGGUUCGAUCUACCAUCAUUAAAAACAAAGGAGAGAGACCGGCAAACAGCUUUGUUCCGGUCAACAAAUGUACCAUUAUUUAAUAAAGCAAAACUAAUAUACGAUAAAUGCAAUAUGUACAGUUUUCCCCUGUCGUCAAUCCUUGAUAAAUUCUAUGCAUUUCAUAAAAAGUUUGAUAAGAUCGUUGUAUUUGGUGACUGUCAUGACGAUAUUGCUAAAUUCGUUCUGAAUUACCGGACAAACAUUGGACCAAUAAAAGCUAUUUGGAACAAUAUUAGUGGAAACGAUAAGUGGUGCACUUCAUUCCCAAUGACAGGGUGGAUGGAGUCAAAGGGGUUAACAGAUGAUGUCUUUGAAUAUUUGACGCUACCUGAAGAGAAAGUUAUAGUGGAACAAGUUGACAAAAUUGAUGAAAUCUACGGCUUAAAUUCCUCUUCAUCGUUACCUAUUCAACUUGAUGAACUUACGGAGGCAAGAAAACAACUCAUAAGCCAAAAAAUAAAAUCUCAACGCAAAUAUUGUCGCUUGUAUGUAUCUUCCUCUUAUGGGGAUAUGCACACAGAACAGAACUUAAUUUUUAGCGAUAUAUUACCAAGGUUACACCGAAAAUCGUCUUUGCCCUUAAAGAUAUACUUUGAUCAUGUUGAUUUACGUUUCGAAGCAUCUGAAGCAGCUUUGCAUACAGUUAAAGGCUUGGAACUGUGUUUAAGACAAGCAACAGCCUGUGAUAUAUUCAUUUUGCUAUUGGGCGACAAUUAUGGCUGGAUCCCAGACGAAGCUUUAGUGAGAGCUUUGCCCGACUCAAUUUUAUCUGAAGUUAACAAGUUUUAUAGGCCAGGAAUGUCUGCAAUAGAGAUGGAAUAUCAUAUGGCAAAACUGGCUGCAACAUGUAAAACUUCUGAUGCCGAAGCAACUGAUGAAAUACUUCGUCCAAGAAUUUUCGUAUUCAUUCGAAAACUACAGUUGAGCAAUAUACCAACUGAACACAUUGAAGUACUUCGUGAUCAUGAUUCUGUAAGAAUUCAACGUCUGAAUAACUUUAAACAGCUCAUCGUGAAGGAUAGAGUUGUUUCACAUAGUUAUCCUUCUGAGUUUAUUGGUGUAUUUGAUAAUCGUCCGACAUUUGGAAAUCUAGACGAGUUUGCCAGUCUGUUUUUAACUACAAUUGAAUUAUCUAUUUCGGAAUUAUACACAGUUCGUAUGUUAAAAGAUGGCAAAAUGACGGAUGCAUCUGGACCAGUAAAUAUUCCAGACUUUUUGAAAACUUACGUGAAUUCACUGGCUAGUAGAAUAUGCCCUCGACAUUUAUUAAAUUUACAACAUGCUUUUAAAAAUAUCAUUGAAAAGAGUCGUCACAGUCGUCAUCCUGUUUGUGCAGUUAAAGAACCCAGUCAAUCUUCUGGGAAUUAUCAGUCGGAAAUAGAAACGAAAGAUGGACAAUCAGGUUUCCAAAGUUCUAUCGGUGGUAUUUUGAUUAUUACUGGAAGUUAUGGAAGUGGAAAAAGUACUCACUUAGCUGCAUUAGCAAUGUCGUUGGCAAAAAAUGAUCAACAUUUUACAGCUAGUGAUUCAAAGGACUGUUCAACAAGCAGCAGUAAAUCAUCAAAAUCUGUCUUGAACAGACACACUUUAACGAAAUACGAAGUUUUAAUUCAUUUUUGCAACGGUUUACCAUCUAAGAAUGUAUCACCAUGUAGACAAUUAUCUAAAAUACUAGAUAAUUGGAUUGUAUCUCUCAUUAGGCAAUUGCAGAGUUGUACUAGGCUUUCUGCCACUCACAAAGCAUACCUUUUCAAGAGCAAUGCUGAUUUCAAGCGUAUUAAUGGCUUGCAUGAUUGUCAAAGCUUGAAACUGAAAAUACUUUAUUUCAAACAAAUAAUCAGUUUCCUGGGUUUUAUACGAAAAAUGAAUUAUGUCUUCUUAGUUGACGAUAUUGAAUAUCUUGAUCCAUUCCUACUUGAUUGGUUGCCGUCACGACUACCACAAAACAUUCACUUUAUUUUCAGUUGUGAUUCAAACUCUAAAAUUAUUGAAAACCUAACUACUGGAUACAACUGUCAGUUGUUUCGUAUUAAAGAACUGACAUCAGAAGAACGUCGUGCUGUUUCACUUACUCAUUUACGUUCCAAUGGACUGUGUUUGAUUGACUCCCAACUAUUGAAUCAGGUCGCCGUUUCGAUUGCAACUCAUGAAGCGCAAAGUCCUUUGUAUUUAGACUUGGUUUGCAGAUAUAUACGAUUGUGUAAAACUCACAAAGAGGUUCAAGCCUAUCUUAAUGCAUUGCCAACUACAGAGUAUCAGUAUGUGGAACAAAUUAUAAAAAAUGCUGAAUUAGAAUGCGGACGUGAUUUGACGCUAGCAGCGAUUUGUCUACUGUAUUUCUAUCGACAACCAUUAUCAACAAAUCAUCUUUUUCUUUUGUUGAAUAAAUGGUUAUUGAUAUCUGAGUGUAUGAGAGAAUAUGAAACAACUUGGGAAAAUGAUGCCAUAUCAAUGCUUUCAGCAUUAAAAGAUAAACCAACUAAUUUAAACGAUACUAUUAUACAUGAAAAUAAUAUCAAGAAGUUUCUUAUUAAUCCUGAUACGCGCAUGACUUCGGGAGUAAACAAUCCGAAACGCUUUCGUUUGUCUCCACUUGCAUAUCAUAUGCUUAUUGAUGAACUUCGACCAUUACUUUCUAUCUCAUAUAAUGACACAGAAGAGGAUAGUCUGCAUUCAUCAUCCUUUGAAUUAUCACAGAAUACAGAAUUAACUACUAAGAUUUCCUUGUGGAAUUUAUGUUCAGAAAAUCUAUGUUUUAUAAGUCAAUCUGUUAAGCGAAUGGCUUUGGAUGUUUCGCUAAAAAUAUUAACCAGUUCUUUGGAUACAUCCAGCUUUGAUUGGUCGAGAAGUCUUGUGGAAGCGGCUGGUGAUAGUAAUUUAAAAGACGCUUUUGUUAUGACUAUUCACAAGACAUUAGCUAAUAGUCUGCCUGAUUUGGAUGAUAAGUUGUAUCAUUUACUUCAUGCUGGUGAAUUACACGUUAUUUGCCAUCUACUCACUAGUCCUUCGUUUAUUUCUAAGAUAUUAAUUGAACAUCCCUCAACACUGAUGGAUUUUCUCGAUGGACACCCUACAAAUGAUUUAUUUAUUCAAGAAAAAUGGAAAACUUCACUAGACAUGUGCUGUUUUAAUGAUAAGAUAAAAGCAAUCCAAAGAUUUAUUCAAAGAAAUUAUGAGUUUUUAUUGAAACGCCCAACUUUAUUUGUUGAAUUAGCUAUCAAUCAAAAUUGUAGCGAUUGGAUUCGUACUUUAGGAUUAACUCUUCUACAGUUAAGUGAUUCUGAUGCACAACAUCCGACGGAGAAUAAUCAAAUUAGUAUGUUUUACCGUAUCAACUCAUCAACUUCUUCAAUAAUUCAUCUUGUCCAGCCAAAUAUGAUUUACAAACCAGUUGUUGCCUCAAAUGGUUUCAUGGAUGUGCCUACAAGUGCUGAAAUAAAUUUAUCUGUAAAUUUAUUGGUUUAUGGAACUAGAUGCGGUACAAUCGGUUUUAUUAACGUUUCCAAUAUGCGAGAUAUACUUUCAUUUACUGGGCAUACUUCAAGUGUUCAGAGCUUAUGUUUCUUACAACCAUUUCCUCCUAGACAAGCAAAAAAUACACAGUCAUCACAACAAGUGUGGUUACUGACUACAUCGGAAGAUGGUGAUGCUUUCAUCUGGGAUGUGACUGACCUUAUUCAUCCUCCUGAAUCUAAAGUAUGCAAACCAAUCAUUUCACAGAUAGCUUCUUUAUGUGGAUACCAUUAUCUAUGUGUAACAACAUCUGCUUGGCAUUCAAAACGUCAGAUCAUUGCUACUGGUGGUUUAGAUUGUACAGUUUAUCUUUGGGAUAUUUCCAAACUUGGCUUUAGAUCUGAAAUUUUAUCUACACGAAGUGGAAAAUGUAAUAAACUUCAUCCAUUUAAAUCCUUGCAUACACCAGCAUAUCCAAUUAGUUCAAUGGCUUUCCGAUCGCCUGAUAUUUCAAACAAGUAUCAGGGAGAUGUCAAUCGUCUUCAGGAUGUUUUAGCCGUUGGAUGUUGGAAUGGGAUGGUUUAUUUUUAUAGUUUAGAAUCCUUAUCUAUUGUAAGGUCACUGUCUGUAUCAUCGUCAUCGAUUUGUUCACUUGCUUAUUCACCGAAUGGUGGAAAUAUCUUAGCUACUAUGGAUAGAAAAGGUGAACUAAUGCUUUGGAAUGAUGAUAUACUUUGGUAUCAAACUGGUUUAAUACAAGAAUUUCCAGAUGACAUUGAUAUUUUUCCUAAUGAAGGUGAAUCGAACGCUUUGAUUCCAAACCAGUCUGGGAGAAUAUGUUUUUCAAAGCCAACUGGUCAGUAUAUUUUUCAAACUGGUGGUGGUCAAUUCUUGGAUAAUUAUAUCAAUAUCUGGGAUACCAAACUUUGUGCAGCAUUUGGUCCAUGGAUUCAUAUUAAUCCACCUGUUGUUAGUAAUAAUAAUACACAAAAUUCAGUAUACGUAACAUGUGUUACAGUAAUGUCAUUCGAUUUUCACAUUGCGUUGGGUUGGAGUGAUGGUAAUUUGACCAUUGUUCGCAUAUAUGAUGGCAGGAUAGUUAACCAUCUAAAUUUAUCUGAAGAAGAAUAUCAUUCUUCUGUGCAGUGUAUUGCAACUGUUGAUAUAAGGCUUAAAUCAAAGUGUCGUGGUUGCCUUCUUAUUGCUGGAUAUUCGUCUGGUGCUGUAAAGAUGUAUGUUUGCACAUUUGAACCGAAAAUCAAUCCUGAUAGUGAUCAUUAUGUAUAUUUGUCACCAUCUUUAAUAUCAGAAAUACGUUUCACACUUAUUGACACUUUAUGGUCACAUUCUCCUGAUCAUAAUGUACAUACUAGUGGUGAAUUAAACAGUGGUACUUUAUGCGUAUCUGGCUAUUACUGUGUUGUUGCUUCUGGUGGUAGUAAUUGUGAGAUUUGGUUUCAUUUUAUCGGUCGUCGAACUGGAAGUAAAAUUAUGAAAUCUAUUUGUUUAAAAGAUCACAACGCUCCAGUAACUAUGAUUAGUUUUGGCAGUAAGCAUUUUGCGACAGCCUCUAAAAGCAGACAGGUUGCAGUGUAUCAUUAUGAUCAAAGAGAACGGACUGUAGCCUUGAUGCAUUUAAUAAAUAAUGCUGUUGAAACAACGAUAACCUCUUUAGAUUUAAUGCAUUUCGUUUUUGGUAUAAAAACAGUCAGUUUAUCGGUGUAUAUCGGUAGCAGUGAUAACUCGUUGACCAAUUAUGCAAUAAAGAAUGAUGGUUAUCAGAUUACACAAACACUUCGCGCAAAUAGAUCUCCGAUAGUACGUAUAGAAUCUGCAUCAGAUAAUAUGUUCGCCGUUUCACCUGAUGGUGAAAUAAGUGCUUGGAAAUUUGAUAAAUAUGGUGUUUUACAAUUCUCCCAUCGUUUUAAUGUUUGUAAUGAUCUGAAAUGCAUGCAUAAUGAUCAUCCUGGGAAAGUAGUUCAAUUGCUUUGUGUUGAAAGGUUCUGUGAUUAUGACCCACGUUGGAAUGCGUCUACUAAACUGUACCCUCAGUCAUCUGAUUUGGUUGAUGAAUUAGAAUCAACAGAUGAAGAUGGAGAUAAAAACCUGUUGGAUCCAGAUACUGAAGUUACUACACCAAGUGAAGCUGACGCGACACCAAGUACUUAUCAUGAAGAUUCUGAUGAUGAGCAUUUUGGAUGUGCAUACACUGUAACUACUAAUGCUGUUGGGGAGAUGGGUGAAACUCAAAUGCUUGAUAAUAAUUCCUGCGAUAAAUCUUUUCAUCUUCUCAAUUCAUCUAGGAAAGGCGAUUUAAUUUACCGUAAUAGUUCCACUGAUUCAACUAUUCGAUUUCUAUGUGGCCUAAUAGUAUCAUAUGAAAACUCAUCGUCCGAUAAGUCACAAGUCAUUCAAAACUUUUACUAUAGAACAUAUGCACCGUUUAUUCCACAGUAUCGUGGUACGCUAAGUGGACAUUCAGGGCUGAUUCCAUGUGCACUGACUUCUGACUGUUCAACGGAUAAUGACGAUGACUGUGUUAUUGUAACUGCUGCUGGUCAAACAGUCAAUGAUUCGGGAAGUGAUAUUCGACUUUGGAGUAUGCCUUUGAAAACUCAAGCAUUAAGCUGUCAACCGAAUCAACACAGCGGACCGAUAACAUGUUUGGCUCUAUUAAAAAUUACACAUAACUACAGUAUUUGUAUAUCUGGAUGUAUUGACGGAAGUGUAAUGUUUUGGUCUGUUAAAACUUUGUCGCUUGUAAAUACUGAACAGAUUUCACUAGCUACUUCAGUGCUUAAUGAAUUAUUUCAAUGUAAACCAUUAGCACAUUUCUUUUGUUCAUUAGUAAGACCGAAAUAUCCUGUGGUUGAUAUUGUCACACAAAUUUAUACAGAACAUGAAUCCAAAUUAAUUGUGCAUUAUUUCAUUUUUAUUGCUUGUGGUAUACAAUUAUGGAGAAUGCAUAUCAAAUUAAAUCUAUCCAAUCAAAUGACAGAAGAUGUGGAAAACACUUUCGAACAAAUUUUUUCUACUAAGGGUAAAAUAGGCAUGUCAUUUACAGACUUGGAUGUCAUUUGGUCGUCUGAAACAAUUGCUAUGUGUACUGAAAUAGGCAGCUUCAUUACAAGUCAUCCUAUUACAAAAAUAAGCCCACGUUAUAGUAAACCCAAUCAACUAGAACAAUGUGAAAUUGUUGCUGUUCUCGUUAAUGGUGAUGUCAUAAUUGUUAGCAGUAAUGAACGUCAAAGUUUUUCAUUUGAUCACAGCAUUGUACAAAGUGGUACCUUAUGCUCAUCUCUUCAUACGUGUAAUGCUGGGAUAAUUGCUGCGUAUUCAGGAACUGCUCUACUGUGUAAACAUACUGAUGAUAGUCGUACAUUUAAACUUUUCCCAGGAAAGAUUGGUUUGUGGGGUAAAGAAGUAUGGGUUAAAUUGCUGACUACCCUACAUAACUCACAGUCAGAAAAGAAUAAUGUAUUAUACUUGGCUGAAUGUCAAAUGGAUUGUUAUUGGAAAAUGAUUAUUACUAACUGCAAUGGUGAUGUAUUGACAGAGUUCUCGUUUCGGAAUUUAUCUGUUAGUGUGACUGCCUACUGUGCAGUACUAUUACCUACGAAAGAAGAUAAUUAUUCAAAUGUAUAUUUGAUCUUAGCAACAUCAGAUAAUAAUUUACAUCUUUUACAAUGCACAAUAAACAAUUCUACUCAAACGGUUUCAACACACUGGAAACUGAUCACUGUCUAUCCAACUGAAGCACAGGUCACCAAACUUAUCACUGUCAAUGAAAACCCCUUAAUAAUUCUUUGUGGUGACAUACAAGGUCGAGUUGACUGUUAUGCCUUACUGUGA